UCCAACCAGGUCACAAUGGCUGGAGCUCUGAAGGGCUCAGGCCCCCUGAGCCAGGAGGAGAGGAGGAAGUCCAAGGAAAGAUGGCUGGCAGUCACCCCUACUUCAACCUGCUGGACAUCACCCAGCCAUCGCCGGCCUCCACUCCGCCCAACCUCCCCUCGAACCAGCGCUGCUGGACCUCGGAUGCAACCAAGGGCCUGCUUGUUGCCUUGCUGGGUGGGGGCCUGCCUGCUGGCUUCAUAGGCCCCUUCUCCCGCAUGGCUUACCAGGCUUCCCGCUGGCCUUCGCUGGAGAUGCUCAUCGGUCGAUGCCUCUUCCACCUCCCCAUUGCCCUGCUACUUAAGCUGCGUGGUGACCCACUGCUGGGACCUCCUGAUGUCCGGGGCCGGGCCUUCCUCCAUGCUCUGCUCAACGUCCUCAGCAUCGGAUGUGCCUACACUGCGGUUCAAGUGGUGCCUGCUGGCAAUGCUGCCACUGUUCGUAAAGGUUCUUCUACCGUGUGCUCCACUCUCCUCGCCCUCUGCCUUGAGAGUCAGGGUCUCAGUGGCUACGACUGGUGUGGCCUGUUGGGUAGCACCCUGGGAUUAAUCAUCAUUGUGGGACCUGGACUAGGGACACUGCAGGAGGGGACCACAGGCCUCUACACUGCCCUAGGCUAUGGGCUGGCUUUCCUAGGAGGUCUGGCUCUAUCACUGGGGCUUCUGGUCUACCGCUCCCUGCAAUUCCCCUCCUGCCUACCAACAGUGGCCUUCCUAUUUGGAUUGGUGGGGCUUUUGGGCUCUGUGCCAGGCCUCUUUCUGCUACAGACCCCUGUGCUACCCAAUGACCCUCUGAGUUGGAGCUGUGUGGGAGCAGUGGGGAUCCUUGCUUUGGUCUCCUUUGUGUGUGUGAGCUAUGCAGUCACCAAGGCCCACCCUGCCCUGGUGUGCGCUGUCCUGCACUCUGAGGUGGUAGUGGCCCUGAUGUUGCAGUAUUAUGUCCUCUAUGAAACUGUGGCACCUUCUGACAUCAUGGGGGCAGGGGUCAUGUUGGGCAGCAUUGCCAUCAUCAUUGCCAAGAAUCUCAGCUGUAAGAGGGAAGGGCAGGUUGAGGAAUGCCAUCAAACUUGAUGGGGCUGGGGAUGUGGCUCAAGUGGUAGCGCGCU